AUGCCAUGCCCGAAAGCUACGAAAGCUGAAUGCCUUCGCAACAGACACAAGCGGCCGCCACGCCCGAAGGUUCGAACCGAUGACAAGAUACAAGCGCUUGUACAGAGACUUUCAAGCCUAGAACACUCGGUGCUUAGCACACAACGCACUCCAAGCGUCGUUCCAGAGGAAAGGGCCGGGGAGGAAAGGGCCGGGCAAGUGUCCACUACCGUUGGCAUCACCUCGCCCGAACGUCCAGCUAAGAGACAGCGUACUGUGAGCUUGGCUGAGGGUCUGGCUCCAGCGUCUACCCCAGAAGUUGAUGUGACGCAACAAUCAGCACACGAAGCCAGACAUCUCAUCAGUAGAGAACUGUCAACCAAUGGCCUUCUCUCUAGUCACCAACGUUCUGUGCUUGAGACGGCGAUUUCGUUCGUCGAUCAUCUAUCGCAUGCUCCUGUCCCAGCGAUCACGGACCGAAGUACCUUUGAUAAGUCCAUGUACAUUCGAACAGACUUGUCACAAGGCGAGAUCCUCAAUGUUAUCCUGGGCACGGAGACCAAAGCCCACGAUGAUCUGUCUGUACAGUUCCAUACUCUCGAUCACAUUCCGCCAAAAGCAGUCGAGCGUAUCGCUCUUAAUUUGAUGGAAGGUACCGCAGAUGAAAAAACGUUGAACUUGUACAAAGUCAUCAUUCAUUUCAAAGCUGCUGUAGUACUCUAUGCCAGCACAUUACAGGGUCCCAAAAGUCCAGCGGUCCAGAAGCAUAUCAGACAACUCGAGUACGAGCAUCUCACCGCAGCACUCACGGCCCUAGACAGCGUCAGUUUCUUGACAGCCCCGUCAUUGCUCCUUGUUCAGGCCCUCAUAACAGGGGCUAUGAUGAUGCAGAUCAUAGGCAACCCAGCUAGUUGUUGGGAGCUCUCAUCACACGCGUCACGCACUAUUGUUGCGUUAGGUUACCACACUGUUCGCCUGGACGAUCCACCCAAUGAGUUUACAGAAGACAUCCAUGCCGUUGUAGCAUGGUGUUCGCAGUUUGACAGUGUCAUGAGCCUCCUUCUUUUACGACCUAGGUCUCUACCCCCACUCCACGUCACUCCGUCAGCUUUGCUCAAAAAACACUUCGACUUGACAAAUCCAAUGAGUAUAUUCGAGAUCAUGGCCAUGGAAAUGGUUCCAGUCCACAACAAGUUGUUGGAUCUUACAUUGGAAGCCCCACAAAAGCGGCCGAUAUCAACAUUGAAGGAGGAUGUGACUUGGUUGCGGGCUGAGAUGAUUAGGAUAUACGAGCUUAUGACUAAGGAGCGACCGACAAAGCUGAUCGAAGCUCGACUAGAUAUCCUCCUUCAUUGGAAAUGCCUUGAGUUCAAGUACUUUUCGACCUUGACCUCUGUUCAUCGACUUAGUCCUUCAUGCACAACGAAUCCUUCGGAGAGGGAAGAGUGUCUUCAGAGUGCCCGAAAGGCACUCGAGUGUGUCAUAGCCAUCCAAGAGCUUGGGAAGAAACUGGGACACUUUAUUGAAGGCUACGACCCCUACCUGGCUUGGACCAUACUGUCGUACCCUUUGUGUCCAUUUUUCGUCGUGUUCUGCAACGUUGUCGGCACUUCUGAUGCUCAAGACUUCGAGCUGCUACAAGAUGUCACCAACGGCAUUUCCAAACUAGUCACCGAGAACAAGUUCGUCAACCGGCUGCAUAGAUUGUGUACGACAUUAUUGGGCCUUUGUAAGCCUCUAGUACAGCUCACCAGCUUCAAUGGGCAAGCGCAACCAUUGUCGACAGGGUGCACGGCACAUACUAGCGCAGAGCCGCACGCAAUGACCUUUGACACAACACUCAAUGGCACAGACGCCAACAUCCCGAACAGUGAUGUCGGUGAAACUUUGCCAUCAUCAUGGAACGACGACAUGAUGUGGCAAUUGUUCCAGUCGCAGCCUUCACUGGAUUGGUUCAAUGCUGAUAUUCUGGAUCCUACAUGGGACCUUGGUGCGACGAAGUAG